AUGCAUGACCUGGUGCACGACCUGGCAAGAUUGACAAUGGAUGACAAGCUAAUAGAUUUCAACGCACAGCAGAGAAAUACACGUGGCCAGAAAUAUUGUCGCUAUUCAUUGCUAAAAAAUUAUGACCAGACAAUAAAGUUGGCAAGUAUUUUGCCUUCCAAGAUUAGGGCACUUCGCUUCUCAGAUAGUGGCGAACUGCAUAUCCAGAGUGGUGCAUUUUCAUUUGCGAACUGUCUGCGUAUUUUGGAUUUCAGUGAAUGCUCAGGUAUAUUGUUGCCAGCUUCAGUUGGCAAACUGAAGCAACUGAGGUGUCUUAUUGCUCCAAGAAUGCAAAAUGAGAGUCUCCCGGAGUGUAUCACUGAGCUAGGAAAACUGCAGUACCUAAACAUAAAUGGAUCUUCUCAGAUUUCUGCACUGCCAGAAUCAAUUGGCAAGCUUGGAUGUCUGAAAUAUCUAUGUUUGUCUGGUUGUUCUAGUAUAUCGAAACUGCCAGAAUCAUUUGGGGACUUAAGAUGCAUGGUGCAUCUUGACAUGUCAGGCUCUUCUGGGAUAAGGGAACUGGAAGACUGGCUUGGUAAGCUCAGGAAUUUGCAGCAUCUAGACUUAUCUGGAUGCUCAAGUGUAAAAGCAAUACCUGAACCGUUGUGUGGCCUCACACAACUCCAAUAUUUGGACUUAUCAUCUUGUGAAUGCCUUGAUCGGCUACCAGAAGCUAUUGGAAGUCUCAUGGAUUUACACUAUUUAAACAUGUCAUACUGUGUUCAAAUCAGAGAACUUCCAAAGUCACUGAUGAAGCUCCAAAAUUUGUUGCAUCUAGAUCUGUUAUGCUGCACCAGCAUGCGGUACCUGGGAUUUGUGCGUGGCCUCACCACACUACAGCACCUGAAUAUGUCACGGGUAUGGGUAUUUGAUAUUGGUGUUCAAGAUUUAUCAAAUGUUUUGGCAAACCUCACCAAUCUCAAGUACUGGGGCCUAAGAAAUUCAAUAAUACACGGCAGAGGUAAUUAUGUCUUCCCUUAUGGAAUCCGUGGGCUUACCAAUCUGCAGCACCUGGACCUAUCUUAUAAUUAUAAUAUUGCAUCUCUUCCAGAAAGUUUUGGUAACCUCAAAAGAUUGCAUACACUGGAUUUUACGGAAUGUUCUGGGCUUAAGUCCCUACCAAAGAGUAUAGGUACGCUUGGGCUGAAGACUUUAUUGCUGGAUGGGUGCUCGGAUGAACUGCUGGAUCAGGCCAGUUCCCUGGUAAAUUAUUCACAAACAUUACCACUCUUCAAGGUUCGUGCUGAUGAGUUCAAUGGUUGCAGCAAUCUUCCUCUGCUCGAGGGCGCCAUGUCAGACAAAGAUUUGUUGGGACAACUAGUGCCACCAAAAGGCCUGAAGCACAUGCAUCUCCAAGGUUACAACUGUACAAGCUUUCCAGGCUGGCUUAUGGAUAUUUCUUGUCACCUCACAAACCUUGUUUAUAUUCGACUGGAAGAUCUGCCUACGUGUAGCAACCUGCCACCACUUGGACAGUUACGGCACCUAGAAAACCUGGAGCUCUGCAAUUUGCCUGGCAUUAAAAGAAUCGACAGGGAAUUUUGUGGUGGCAAAGGAGCAUUCCGUCGAUUGUCAUCCUUCGAAGUCACAGAGAUGACAGGCUUGAAGGAGUGGAACAAAACAUACUCUGUUGAGGAGGGUGUGGAGGAGUUCAUGUUCCCUGUGCUUGACAGACUGACGAUAGAUCAUUGUCAAAGGUUGAGGUUGAAACCAUGCCCACCAACAUUUCGUCAGUGCCUUAUAUAUGAGAGCGACCAAGUCAUAUCUUCAUUGGAGGAGCACCUCACUUCCCUUGAGUCACUGACGUUGCAAUGGUGCCAUCGCAUAUCAGCACUGCCAGAAUGGCUGGGUGACCUCUCCUCUCUAAAAAGCCUUGUCAUCAGGACAUGUGACGGCAUCAAGUCGUUGCCUGCAUGUAUACAGCAACUCACCAAGCUUCAGAAGUUAGAGAUUAGGAGCAGCCCGGAACUGAAGAAGUGGUGUGAAUCAGAAGAGAACAAGACGAAGCUGGCUCACAUAAACCUUCGAUACUCCAUUAUCAAAGCUGCAUACAAAAAGUAG